AUGAAUACCGGAAUGAGUGAGGAUAAGGUGCAGCCUGACGGCACCAUGACCCCUUAUCAAGAAGCACCCGGCGAACUUCCCAUCACCAACCCAACAGGACAAGAUAUCUUCGCGAAUCUCAAGACUACAAAUACAGAAGACGAUACUGCAUUCGAAGCCAAUGAUCAAGCUCUAUCAGUUUCAUCAUACCAUGGCAUUCCUGCAGCUUUAAGCUAUGAGAUGACAAAAUUCCUCUCAAGCGACCAGCUCGCCAAGAUUAAAGACCUCCUCCAGGCAAAUCUGCGACCGCCAGUAGGUAAUCCAGAGAUACCCGUUGAAGGAUGUCCUCUUCUCAAUUCACUCAGCCUAGACUGUCGCAGGCUGAUCUGGAAGUUUCUGCUUCUGAACCCACUUCUUGGAGAGAGUUUUGUCAUCGAGCGCAAUCAGGCUAGCUUUGGGUUAUUCCCCGCGAUCCUGGGAGUUAAUAGGCAGAUCUACAACGAGGCUGCGGAUAUUCUCUAUGGAAGCAACAAAUUUUUGGUUGGAUGCAUCCCGUACGAUUCAUGUUUCUGGCACAGUUACUCCAGGCAAUUGUGCGCUUUGGCUAGGCCACAGCACCUUGAUCGUACUCGCGAAGACCUAGGAGUGGAGAAAGACAAAAACAUUAUUCCAGCUGCAAGAUACGUUCGACACUGGAAGAUUUUGAUUAGCGGUAUUGCGUUUCAGCCAGGAGCGAUGGAGAAACUUCUGCGUUUGUGUCACAGCAUCUAUAUGGGCAACAUUCAAUCACUAGAAGUCUUGAUUAUCCCACGAGGCAUCGAAAUGGGCUGGAAUCAGAGCGACAACUAUGGAGAUGAACAUGAGCUCGCGAUCACUCUGUCACCACUUAAGCGUUUCCGGAACAUCCAGAAAUUCAUCAUCCGGCCCGCAGAGACUCACGAGAUUCCGUGGGGCGCUUUCGAUGAGGAACCUGCGGAUAAGUUCAUACCAAUCUUGCCCAAUCCUGUUGAUGAGGUGGAGCUUACUGGUAUGAUUCAGGGUGACUCAGAAGUUGAGAGAAUUGAGGAGAUGUACACAAGUCUUCGCACCUACGCCCAAGCCUUCGAACGAUUGGAGGACUUCAAGUCAGAAAUGGAUGUUAAUUACACCAGAAACGAGCUAGAACCAACGUAUAGUUUCGAAAUCUCCAGCAAUGUUGCUAUCUCUGGCCAAAAUAUCAAUCCAUUCAAGGCCAGCUGUCAUCCCGUCGAGAGAGCACUCAGUGCAGCCAAGACUUCCAUGUUGCAGGACAAAAUGGAUCAGUUCAAAAUUAAUCGAUCACUCCUCAUUCAAUACUUAGAGCCCGAGUAUCAGAGCAUCGAAGCUGCUUCUAAAAAUUUGGUCGAUUAUAUCAAAAUUCAUAAGAUAGCAAAUGGGUUCUUUCAUAAUCCCCUAUACAUCAAUAUGGAUGGAUAUCAUCAUGAAACCGCCUCACCCAAUGAUAUUGCCACACAAGCUUUGGUCUUGCUAGAAGACUACUAUGAUAGCUUCAAGCGUAAAUUAGAGCCAGCUACAAAGGUUGAAAUACGAAAGUACAAGCUUCUUUUCAACUCCUUCUACGACGAUCUUCCACGUGAACGACUCAUGAAGCUGUGCGACAUGGCUUAUGAGAAGCAGUGGUGGUUUCAAUUCGUCAGAUAUUUCCAAGAGGCUGUGAAUGAUAUGGAUGCUCAAUAUCUUUCGAUCAGACAGGCUAGAAAGAAGCUAUAUGCGUGGGAUCUUCAGGCAACUGUUCGGGAAGUGGAUGUGAAGCCAAUGCUUUCCGAUGAGAUUAUCAAUUGGAACGUACGUGAACCAGACAUGCGGAUCAAUCUAUCGUGGCAUAAAUACCGCUCUUAUGGAGAACCCUAA